AUGGAUUACAGACUUAGUGCCGUCUCCCUCCUACUAAUAGCCGCGUGUGUGGUGGCUCAGUACGAAGACUUCAGUGGUUACGCUGGCUACCACAAGUCACCGGUAUACCUCCAACAACAACAACAUCUUGACGAAGGACACGAAAGCCACGGAGAGGAGUACGAUUUGGAUUACCACGCACACCCUAAGUACUCGUUCGACUACUCCGUCAAGGACCCUCACACUGGAGACCACAAAGAACACUGGGAGACCAGAGAUGGUGACAAAGUUAAAGGAAGCUACACCCUCAUAGAAACGGACGGCACCAAACGCGUAGUGGAAUACGAAGCUGACGACAAGAACGGUUUUAACGCGGUAGUGCACAAGAUAGGAACACCGAAACACGAAGAGUACGAGACCAAGUAUGAGGCUAAACCAGCGCAAGAGCCUUUGCACUAUCAGCACGACUUCGGAGGCUACGAAGAGGGGUUCGCCCCCGUGUCUGAGGGAUAUCAACAUUAG